UGGGCUGGAUCGAUCCCGGGCCACAUUUAGAUAACAGGCAGCGGAGUGCACAGCAACAUGAACCGUCUCCCCGGAGCGAGGCAGGAGCCGCUCGUCUUGUUCCCCGAGCGGAGAGCGGCCUCCUAGGCACACCAAACGGGCCUCCGUCUCAGACGACCCGCGGAUCCCGCGCGCGGAGGAGGAGUUUUAAUAUCCGCCGGCCGCUGGCGUUCCAGCUUGGAGCCGGAGGUUUGUUUUUCUGCGGCGCGGCUGAUCCUCACACCUCUCUGCCAUGGUGAGACAGACAGAGGUAUGAGCACAGGAGGACCACAGACAAGCCAGGAGGGUGGCAAUACAAACACGGAUAAGUCCAGCAAAUACUGCCCCUGACAGGAUACAACCAAAGGGCCCACAGAAGAACAACAAGGAAAGGUGGGAAAGGAAGCAGAAAUUUACUCUGAGAUUUGCCUUUGAGGGAUUUCCACAGCACCGUGGGAUUAAGCAGUUCUUCGCCUUCUUCUACUUCUCUCAGUCUAGGAAGUCCCCGAGACUCUGUAUAGCAGGAUGUGGCCGUGCAGGAUGACGUGGCGGUUCCGGACCUUCCUGCAGCUGGUGACCCGGCUGGGACUCUUUCUCUGCCUGACCGGGCCGCCGGUCCGACCCUGCCCGUCUCUGUGCCGCUGCGACGGCACGUUCAUCUACUGCAACGACCGGGACCUGACCUCCAUCCCCAUCGGCAUCCCGGAGGACGCCACGGUCCUCUACCUGCAGAACAACCGCAUAAAGAGCGCCGGCGUCCCCGCUCAGCUGCGCAAGCUCACGCGCGUGGAGAAGAUCUACCUGUACUGCAACAGCCUGGACGAGUUCCCCACCAACCUGCCCGUCAGCGUCAGAGAGCUGCACCUGCAGGAGAACAACGUCAGGACUAUCACCCACGCCUCGCUGGCCCAGAUACCGCGCAUCGAGGAGCUGCACCUCGACGACAACUCCGUCUCGGCCGUCAGCAUCGAGGAAGGGGCCUUCCGGGACAGCAACCACCUCCGGCUGCUCUUCCUGUCCCGGAACCACCUGAGCACCAUCCCCCUGGGGCUGCCCUCGACCAUCGAGGAGCUGCGCUUCGAGGACAACCGCAUCUCGUCCAUCUCCGAGCAGUCCCUGGAGGACCUCGUCAACCUCAAGCGGCUCAUUCUGGACGGGAACCUGCUCAACAACAAGGGCCUCAGCGAGACGGCCUUCGCCAACCUGCUCAACCUGACGGAGCUGUCGCUGGUGCGCAACUCCCUCACCUCCCCGCCCGCCAACCUGCCCGGCGCCAGCCUGGAGAAGCUGCACCUCCAGGACAACCACAUCAACCGGGUCCCUCUGGGGGCCUUCGCCUUCCUGCGGCAGCUCUACCGCCUGGACCUGUCGGGGAACAACCUGAGCAGCCUGCCCCAGGGAGUCUUCGACGACCUGGACAACCUGACGCAGCUGCUGCUGCGGAACAACCCCUGGUACUGCGGCUGCCGCAUGAAGUGGGUGCGGGACUGGCUGCGCUCGCUGCCCUCCAGGGUCAACGUGCGGGGCCUGAUGUGCCAGGGCCCCGACAAGGUCAAGGGCAUGGCCAUCAAGGACUUGGCCGGCGACCUCUUCGACUGCUCCGAGCCCCCGGUGCCGACCUCUUUCGAGACCAGCACCGUCUCCAACACCCUGCCGCCCUCCAGGGGCCCGUGGCCCUCGUUUGUGACCAAAAGGCCGGCGGUCAAGGGCCCCGACCUGAGCAAACACUACCGUAGCACGACCCCCUCCCCCGGCAGGAAGAUAAUCACCAUCAGCGUGAAGUCGAGCAGCGCGGAGACCGUGCACAUCUCCUGGAAGGUGUCUCAGCCCAUGACCGCCAUGCGCCUGAGCUGGCUAAAGCUGGGACACAGCCCCGCGUUCGGGUCCAUCACAGAGACCAUCGUCCAGGGGGAGAGACGGGAGUACUUGCUCACCGCCCUGGAGCCGGAGUCCUCCUACCGAAUAUGCAUGGUUCCCAUGGAAACCAGCAACAUUUACCUGUCGGACGAGACGCCCGUCUGCAUCGAGACGGAGACGGGGUCGCUGAAGCCGUACAACCCCACCACCACCCUGAACCGGGAGCAGGAGCAGGAGCCCUACAAAAACUCCAGCCUGCCUUUGGCGGCCAUUAUCGGGGGGGCGGUGGCCCUCCUGGCCAUCAUCAUGCUGGCGUUGGUGUGCUGGUACGUGCACCGCAACGGGUCCCUGUUCUCCAGGGACUGCACCUACAACAAGGGCCGGCGGAGGAAAGACGACUACGCCGAGGCGGGCACCAAGAAGGACAACUCCAUCCUGGAGAUACGAGAGACCUCUUUCCAAAUGAUUCCCAUAAACCACGGGACUCUGUCCAAGGAGGAGUUUGUCCUACACACCAUCUUCCCUCCGAACGGGCUGAGCUUGUACAAGAGCCCGCACAACGAGAACAGGAGCUACAGGGACAGUGGAAUACCAGAUUCGGACCAUUCCCACUCAUGAUAGUGAACAACAUAUUUUAACAACUUUUUAUUACAAACAUGUGACUUGAAAACUGAGUGGUAUUUUGCAAAAAAAAAGAAAAAAAAAGAAAAAAACACUGGAUUUGAAAGACUGAAAAAGCAAUGUUCUGUACAUUUGCCAUAUAAUUUAUAUUUAAGAACUUUUUAUUAAGAAAAGGUUUUCAAUUGCAGGCUGUCACUGAGCAUUCAGUAUGUGUUGUCACUAACUGCAAUUCUAUAUUUUAGAAAUUGGUAGUAAUUUGUACUGUAUUUUUCCUUUGCUUAAAGUUUCCGACCAAUUAAACAUUUGUGUUCUACUGAAAUAUGAUGACUUGUCAACUGUGAAAGUGGGCUUUCAUUACUGUGUUGAACAAUCAGACUUAAAAUAAAUACAUUAAAUCCUAUAGUAUAAGCACAGGUCAUGUUUCACUUGAUAGAGUAUAUUCAUACUGAUAGAGUCAGAAAAUAAAAUCAGGAAAGUAAAUGGCAUAAGGUCCUGAAACAUGUCACAGCAGAUGUUGCGGACAAAGAAGUACAGUCGUUUCUCCGACAGACACACACAACACAAGGCUUUUGUGAUUCAGGGGACAGAAAAGAGUUGAAUGGCUUCACAAAGUGAAAUGGCGUUUCCUCAGCAGAGAAAAGGCUGUCAGCUGGCGGGUUUAAGGAGUCAGGAGACUAGAUCGCCAGCUCGCUAUAGGGUUACGCCGCUGGGUGACUUAAGCACACAACCCCUAGAAUGCGAGGAUUCUUUAAGUGGAGUGGACAGGCUGACACAGACGGUAUUCAAUCGAAUUGUUUUAAGUCGAAAGUGAAACUACAAUCGAACAUCCUUCAGUAUAGUGUGCCGUAUGUCAUUGUUAACGUUGCCCUUUAACAUACUAUAUCCUGGGCAGAAAAAAAGACGAAAAAAAAACGUUACAGUGAAAACUGCAUUUUGGCUUUUUUUUUCAUACAAAGUGUCAGCUGUUUUUGUUAAUAUUAUGAUUAUGAUUUUUUUAAUUUUUGUUCAAUUUAAGCCACUUUUUUGUUGCCACAAUUUAAGGUAAUUGUUCUUUACAACAAAAAGCCAAAGUGCAUUGUAUGCCCUUUGGCCAGUCAUGUAUGUGCCUUGAUCAAAUGCUUAUUGUAUUUAGCUUUUUAAAAGAAAUCAGUGACUUAACUUUUUUUCAUACACACUUGAAUAUGAUAAAAAUAUUGGUCAUAUUGCAGAAUAAAAGUGGACAAAAACAA